AUGAUCUCCGGCCUGAGGGGCCCACGGCGCACCCUCAGCUUCAUUGAGGUGGGCCCCCAGCGCAUUCAGCGCCUGGGCGUGGGCGAGGAUGGGGAGGUGAGGGAGGUGGGCGAGCCGGGCCUGGGCACCGGCCAGAAGGAGGCAUGGUCAGGGGAGUCGGCGGGGCCCCUCGGCCCGGCCCGCUCCUUCCUCGCGGGUCUCUUCCUUCCCAAGGACUGGCCAGACAGCGUCACCCCCGACUACCUGGAGUACCAGCUGUGGACCCUGCCCACGCAUGUGACGGGCGUCAUGUCACAUGCCCUGGCCACCACCAGCAUGCUCCAGUGGAUCAGCAAGGACGGCAUCGGGGCGCUGGGCCGCUUCGCCGUCAGCGCCCGCUUCGCCUCCGUGUUCGACGAGGACCCGCGGCGGUGGCGCCUGGCGGCCGAGGCUGUGACCACGCUGGGCCUGGCCCUGGAGAUUGCGACCCAGGCCUACCCUGGCCACUUUGUGCUGCUGGCUGGCGGUGGCAACCUGGCGACGGCCGUGGGCCAUGGCCUGGGCCACCCCUGCUUCCGCGUGAUACAGGCGAGGGAGACCCACUUCGCGGCCAAGAACAACGUGGGCGACGUGUCCGCGCGGGAGGAGGUCUGGGGCGUGGGCGCCCAGCUGGUGGGCCUGGGCGCCAGCGUGGCCCUGCUGCGCGCCCUGGAAAGCGCGCACGCCACGCCCGGUGUCGUGCUGGCCUGGGUCGGCAUCCAGGCUGCGCACGUCACGCUGCGCGCCGCGGCCCUCUCCCGCCUGGCCUUCCCUUGGCCCAACAGGAAGCGCGCCGCAGCGCUGGUCGCCGCGCACAUUUGCGAGGGGCGUGUGCCCGCCAUCCGCGAGGUGAAUCGAGGGGAGAGCGCGCUGGCGCUGCCGCCGGGCGACGUCGCGCUGGGCUGCACGCUGGGCGAGGCGCUCGCGGCGGGGGCCGGGCGCGACCUGGCGGCCCUCUGCGCGACCUACUCGGCAGAGGCCUACCUGCUCACCCGUCACUCGGGGCGGUGCUGGGUGGUGCUCAGGCAGCGCGCAGGGGCGCACGACGCGCUGCGCGCGCUGUGGCAGGCGGCCUGGCUGGAGGCGCACCCGGGGGAGGGCGAGGCCGCCGGCCUGCGGGCCAUGCAGGCCGCCUUCCCUGACUUCCAGCGGCAGGCGGAGGCGCAGGGGUGGGUCCUGGGGGACUCCCUCCUGGGCCAGGGGCCCACGCGCCUGCACGACGCUGAGUGA